UCUCAGCCGUUUGGUGAAGUUUGGGUUUUUCUCCCUGUUUCUGGGCUGUUAAGUUCUUGCCAGGCAACUUUGUAGCAAGUUGGGUCCUAAGCAUCACCUCCCACCGGACCCCAAAGAUCUAGGAGGAGCCUCGGUCUGUCACUAGGCUUCCAAUGGAUUCGCCAGAGCAGCUUUACCCAACCUGGGCUCUGGGAUCAUCUCAGACACCCAAUGAAGAGGAUUCCCAGGAAAGCUCAGGUGACUCUCAAACGAUCUCCGAAGUAUUAACCAAGAACCUUGGUAAAUUGACCCUAGACUCUAGUAUCAUCCUCCCUUCCCCUCUGCCAGAGUAUCCGUCUCAGCAGCCAGGCAGAGAGAGGAAACCACAGGUGCUGGUGGAGCGUAUCCUCAGCAGCAGUGGGAGGAGGACUGGAGUGAGGACCGUGUUAACAGCCGGGAAGGAAAGGAUGGCAAGGAUGAUUCAAAUGAUUCAGUACCAGCGCUACCUAAACCUGGGGUCUCAGCUUCAGAAAGAUCUACAGCAGAAGGAAACGGAGGAGGAUGAAAUAAGAGUGGAAAGAUUCAGAUGUCACUGUCAUUAUUGCCUGUAUCACAAAGAUCUUGCUGAGGAAACCAGCAUGGAGAAUAAUUAUGACGUGGAGCCAAUGUAAACAGACUUUUAUUCUUGAACUAUUUCUUUCUGCUAGUGAUUUUAGGAUCAUUUUGCAGCAGCUUGGAAGGCUGCUCUAUGUUAGGGCAAACUAAUAUUUUGAUAAUCUGUGAUAUUAUAAGGGGUUAUUUUAAUCUUUUUUUUUUUUUUUUUUUUUUUUACUGUGAUGCCAGUAAUUUGUGAGGAAUCCUGUAGUUUGCAUUUGGAUGACUUCAGUAUACUUGCACCCUUUGAUUUGACCUAAGGAAGCACUAAUAGGUUUUGAAAGUUGCCUGUGUUUGAGAGACCUGAAGUCAUUAAGAUAAGAUCUAAUAUUAAAAAUUGGAAGCCAAGUAACUUGUGCAGAAGGAAUACAAGAAAACUCUGGGUGGUUUGGUUAUAGCAAAAUUAGGGUGGGUACAUACACUAGAUUUUCUGGUUUUCUGACAUUGUAAUAAAAUUUUUUUUGUUGUGCUCUUUCAGUUUUCAGUAGGAAGUGUGUGUGUAGAGGAUCUUAUUAAAAUUGAGUUAUU